AUGACAUCAGCCCACCCGAACUUCACCAAACCCAUCCACACGGCAGCCUGCCUGAUCAUCGGAGAUGAGGUCCUCGGCGGAAAGACAAUCGACACCAAUUCGUCCUUCCUAGCCAAGUUCUGCUUUGGCCUCGGCAUCCAGCUGAAGCGCGUGGAAGUCAUUCCCGACGAUGAAGAGGAUAUCAUGGAAGCCGUGCGCCGCAUGAGCGCCCGCUACGACUUCGUCGUCACCAGCGGAGGCAUUGGCCCAACGUCUGUACACCCCUUUCAACCCCCAUCUACACAUUCCUACAUCCUCCAGAGCACGAUCCUAACCCAACCCAGUCACGACGACAUAACCUACCAAUCAAUCGCGAAAGCCUUCAACCUCAAGCUCCAGCUCCACGAACCAGCCUUUGCCCGCAUGAAGAAACUCUCAAAACCCCACCCCAUGCAACCCAACUUCAACUGGGACACCCCCUCCCCCGGCCUAACCGCCAAGCUCCGCAUGGUCGAGCUCCCCUAUGACCCAACCAUCCCGGCCGCAGACCAAGCCAUCUUCGUCGCAGAAGACAUGUGGGUUCCCAUCGCCGUCGUAAACGGAAACGUCCACAUCCUCCCCGGCGUCCCGCGUCUCUUCGAACGGCUUCUCGUGAACCUGCAACCUAGCAUCAAACCUAGAUUGUCUCAUUUGGAGGGUAAGGCGACUGAGCGGGUGAUGAUUAGCACGCCGUUGCCGGAGAGUGCGGUUGCGCCUUAUUUGACAGAGCUGGCGGCGAAGGUUGAGCCGAGGGGUGUUAAGGUUGGGAGUUAUCCGAGAUGGGGGAAGAAGAGGAAUACGGUUACGUUGGUUGGGGCAGACAAGGAGUACCUCGAGUCGCUUGUUAAAGAGGUUGAGGAGAAUGUACAGGGGAAGAGGGUCUCAAAGGAGGAUGAGCUGGAUCCGAAGGAGGAGGGGGAGACUGUUUAUAGUCAGUAG